AUGAAAGCUACUGUGAAUCUGUCCCAAUUAAAACAUCAACAGCUGACCCAAUUAAAACAUCUACAGCUGUCCCUGUCCCAAUUAAAACAUCUACAGCUGUCCCAAUUAAAACAUCUACAGCUGUCCCAAUUAAAACAUCUGCAGCUGUCCCAAUAA